AUGGAUUCGGAAGGAUUUCCAUCUUCGAGGCAGGUGGUGAAGUGUUCUAAUUGCGAGUGCAGUUCUUCGGUUAUGAGCGUUUCUUCAGGGACUUGGCUCCGUUCGGUAAAGAGAAAGUAUAGCGAGUAUGAGGAUGGUAACCGUUUCUUUAUACCUGGGCUUGAAAUUUAUUAUAAUGCACGAGUCCAAAUGGAGAACGAAUGUGUUGCAUUACGUGAGACUCUUAGUAGCCAGCAGAAUACAAUACAAGAUUUGUAUACUGAACUGGAUGAGGAGAGGAAUGCUUCAUCAUCGGCCGCGAACGAGGCUAUGUCAAUGAUAUUGAGAUUGCAGAGGGAGAAGGCGGAAAUACAGAUGGAGGCUCGGCAAUUCAAGUGUUUUGUUGAGGAGAAGAUGGCACAUGACCAGCAAGAGCUUUUGGCACUGGAAGAUUUGUUGUAUAAGAGAGAACAAGCAAUUCAGGCACUCACAUGUGAAGUACAGGCCUAUAAGCAUAGAAUGAUGAGUUAUGGGCUCACAGAGUCUGAGGCAGAGGGUGAGAAGGGUGGGUUUAGCCGUAUCCAGAGUAUGGGUGAUUUUGAAGCGCAGUAUGAACUCCCCACAACGCCCACAUAUGAGUAUCCACCUCUGAAAUGCAAGCUAAAUGAGACUCAAGGUCCAUUGGAGGAGGAUGAUGAUGUUACAGAUAUUGAGAAAUAUGCAUUUGGUGAGACCCCUCGUGGGAGAGAUCAUUUGAGAAAUCUGGAAAACAGGCUCUCUCAGAUGGAGAGGUGUCCGAGCAGCAAUCAGCUGGAUGGGGAUUUUUCGGGUUCCAAGAACAUUUUCGAAAAGGUGGUGGUUGGUUAUUCUCCUAGGCGGUCAAGACAGUCCGGGAGACUUUCAAGUGAUUCACCCAUGUAUACGGUUAGAGAAGCUGGUUCAGAUUUUGGUGCUGAAUCUCCUAGGUAUAACAGCAGCUUGAAGAAGGUGGAUUAUGUCUCACAGUCAGAGGACUACCCAAAUACGAGAAAGCUAGAUAACGCAUCAGAAUUUGGAGAUGACAUGAGUGACAGAGUUUAUACCAUUGACUCUAUCCAUAAUGGAGCACCUUACAAUGGUUUUACAGACGCCAAAGCUGGAGUUGGAGAUUACAUAACUGCUCCAAGGGGAUCACUUAAUCAGCCUGAUUUUGAGGAUCCUGAUAUCAUGAAGCUCUAUAUGAGGCUUCAGGCACUUGAGGCUGACAGGGAGUCGAUGAGGCAGGCAAUGCUUUCGAUGCGGACUGACAAAGCUCAACUGGUAUUACUUAAAGAAAUAGCUCAACAUUUGUGUAAAGACAUGUCAGCGGAGAAACAAAUGACUGUAAAGAAGCCAUCUCUUGUUGGAAGUUCCUCCUUCAUGUCAGUUUUUAAGUGGAUCAAGUCCUUUGUUUUCUGGAGAAGAAGAGCGCAUCGAAGCAAGUAUAUGUUUGGGCUAUCAGCCAACGUGGGUUUGCUUAUGCUUCUAGACAACAGUCCCCAUGCAAGGCAGUGGAGAUGUCUUACAAGCACACAAGUGUGA